CAACCAUCAAUUUACCAUCUCAAGAUGUCCACUAAUAAUCGUACCCACAACUUUGGCAAGCGAUCGAGAAGCGGCUGCUGGACUUGUCGCCGACGGCACCAGAAAUGUGAUGAACGGAAACCCGCCUGCUGGAACUGUCGCUUGCGCGGGGUGGAAUGUGGAGGUUAUGGCAUCGCACUUGGCGACUUCACAGCGUACAGCGGUCGCAAAGGCCAAAUGGUGUCUAAGAUCAGAAGGAAUGCCCCGGCUGAUGGCAAUCCUGCCGAUCGCAACCAGCAGCCUCAACGCAACGAGUUUGAUGUGGAACUAACCAACCUUGCAAACGACGGACUUCUUCAACCCAUAUCGCCUUCUCAGACAUCGGAAUCAGGAUCGCCCGGGAACUACAGCACCCCCGCGAUUACCCCGGACAUGAAUCAGACGUGGCCCGGUGAAGGCAAUCAGCUUGUCGAAGAAGAUCAAGGACUCAGUCCACCGAUGGCCAUGUUCAUUAAUGAGCCGGCACCGCGGGCACCGCCGAGCGAUCCUUUCGACCAGCGCCUCUAUAGCCAUUACAUGGAUAUAUUGGCAUUACGACUCUACCCGGUCAAACAUGAUCAAAACCCAUAUAGAGUGGUUUAUGGAGCUUUGGCAACCGAGUCCACGCCGCUGCACAAGGCGAUCCUCUUUGCAUCGGCCUUGCACCUCUCGAAACUUGGACAGUUACCCAACUUCGCCCUCAAGCCCUACCGGAUGGCUAUGAGAGACUCUUUUCGCGAUGCGCUAACGCGAGAAGAUGAGUCUUGGGCUCUUGGUGCGACGGUCCUUCUUUCCGUCAUUUUUGAUGUCAUCGGUACUGGGUUGGAUACAUGGAGCUCUAAACUUAUCGGCUGCCGUCGGCUGCUUGAGCGAGCCCUCCUCCGGUCCAACAGUCAGGUACAUGCCGGACUGCGUUGCGUGUUAUUGCAAUAUAACUGGGCUGUGACAAUGGGGAGAACGCUCGUUAAAGGCUUCCUCCCUGCUGCUACAUUUGAAGAACUCAAAUGCAUUGAUGGAGCAUCAUCGGCUCUCGAUCGCGUUGUCGAAGACAUUCAAAUGGCAAGUCAUCAAUCACAUUGGUGGGACAAUCUUCCGGAUUACCGUAUGCAUUUAUUCUUGCGGGAAGCCACCGAGUACUCCAUUACAGUCGACCGUCUCAAAGCAACCCCCAAUAGCAUGGACGAGCUUCUCGAACUAAUGCCCCACGUCACGGAACUCAUCAACAAAAUCCGAAACUGGCAACCAGACAUAUCAGCAGUCGAGCCAGAAUAUAUGGAAUCCAUUCAGCAUUUCAAUGAGAUCUGGCGACAAGGGAUGCUCUGCUAUGCGUACAGUGAGAUAUACGGUCUGGCCUCUAGCCACAGCUACAUCCAGUCAUGCGUCGAGGCAUCCCUUGAGCCUUUUCGAAACUUGACCUGGUUUCAGGCAUGCCUGUUUCCCGUAUUCAUGAUAGCAGUUCAUUGCCAGACAGAGGAAGCUCGAGCGUGUUUUGAGAGUGGCUUGACAAGAAUGCAUACAUCGUUGGCAUUCCAGGGCCCGUUAUCGGUCACUCUGACGUUGAAGAGAGUGUGGGAGUACUUAGACGGUGAUCAGACAGGAAAAGCAAGAUGGAGGGAUAUUAUCACUAAUUUGGGCAUGGAAUUGAACAUUCUCCUGUGAAGUGGGUUCUCAU